CAAAGAUAGUCAAAGUAAAAAUGUCGUCUGGUCAGAAAGAUAACCGCAAGAAGAAGAUGAAGAGAGUUGAUAAAUGUCCGGUUCCACCGCCGCGCUUCACCAACUCUCCGGCGGCGAGGCAGCUAAACUUGUUCCAACGCGAGGCAUUGGCGUCUUCAUCUGCCAACCCGCUGCCGUACAAUUUCGACACCGCUCUCCGCUUAAGCAGCGGCAUUUCGGGCCCGCAGGCGCUGGAGCAAAGCGGAGGAGACUCGGAAUGGUUGUCGUCUUUAAAGGCCUACGCUGCAUUGUUGCGCAGCGAAGACAGCAACAAGGACGCGGAUGUUGUUCAUCAUCCCCGUCCUAUGACUGUUCAUGAUCUGCACAAAGAUCUCCCCACCAUCCAAAAUAUUGCCAAAAACUAUAGUGAUCGUGUGAAGGAUAUAAUGGCAGAAAUGUUCACUCAACAUCUGGUGACUCUCUCUACGGUGGAGAAGAGGGUUAUAAACGACAUGAACGACAGGCACGAUGAAAUGCUGGCGAGAAUUAGGGCACAUAACGCUGAAUUAGAGAACACGCUGGUUGCUUACAGAGCCCACGCGGCGAAGCUGGACGAGAGGCUGAGGACUCUCCAGCGGACCAACGCUUCUCUGAGGGCGGCGCUGCACGGCGGAAGGAAUGGGAGGCCGCGCACGGAACCACCGCACGGCGUGCUGUUAGAGGAGGACGCCCAGUCGUCGUCGGUUGAUCCGGAGCAGUCUGACCCUGUUAGGAUCAAGUGCAGGCUUUGCGGCCGCCGGAAUGCGACGGUGUUGCUCAUGCCUUGCCGCCAUCUCUGCCUGUGUAAGCGGUGUGAGGCGUUUGUCAAUCGGUGCCCGGCUUGCGCGAAGGAGUUCCUGUACGACGUGGACGUUAAUUUUUCCGGCUGAAUAGCCACAAAUUGUAUACUACGUACGUGAUUAUUAUUGAUUUGAAAUAUAAAAAAAAAGGUGACAACUCCGGUACCUUUCUAAAAUAUGGGGUACCGUACCUAUCAUUCAUUUGAUUGGACCACAUCACUUUAUCAUUUUUAAUUUAGAUUUAAAUAAUUCAACUGCUACAUUCUCAUUGGUCCAUGUGGACAAAGGUAUGGUACCUUAUGGGUACCAUAGAAUCUACCAAAAAAAAUUGUAGCCCAAAGUUAAUAUAGGAGUACAUUUGGGGUACAAUUUAUAUUAUAACAACUUAUAUAAUAAAUUAUUGCCUAUUAAGAG